GUUUCCGGCGGGCGGUGCCGCGCGGUGCUGACGCUGGCAGCGGGCGGUGCGGGGAGCUUCGCGAGGGGACCGGCGGCCGGGCCGUCCGGCGGUCGGUCGGUCGCACCAUGGUGGCCAAGCAGCGCAUCCGCAUGGCCAACGAGAAGCACAGCAAGAACAUCACCCAGCGCGGGAACGUCGCCAAGACCUCGAGGACGGCCCCUGAGGAGAAGGCGUCGGUCGGGCCCUGGCUGUUGGCGCUGUUCAUCUUCGUGGUCUGUGGAUCAGCCAUCUUCCAGAUUAUCCAGAGCAUCCGAAUGGGCAUGUGAGGGGCCCGUCACCGGUCGGGGCCACCCGCCCCCGGCGCUGCCGUGAGCUGCCCCCCCCCCCCGGCCGGCGCCCUCCAGCCCCACUCUGUGCAGCGGCACCGGCCACAUCGCAUUCCAGGUCCCUUCACAGCCAUUCCGAGUUUUCUAGCCCGUGCCACAGUGCCUUGAACAGCACUACAUGUACAAAGCAAUAAAAGUAUGUUGUUGAUCUACAAUCGUGGACCUCCUUAUUCAGUGAGGUGCACGGUCACGUUCUCUGUGGAUACGCUGCGCUGUCACGAUGUAGAUACUUAAGAGUUGGCAGCUGUCAUGAACACCGGUUUGGAGAUCUGUUUAAGCCUCUGUGUAGCUGGAAAUUAUUUUAUUUAACGUCAAAAGCCUGGAUUUUUAUAGUAGCUGGAGUACAAGUUUGAAGCAUGCUCCUAACGAAGCAGAUGGUUCGUGCCACGUCCUGCAGCUUGCCAGGCACAUCAUCCUCUGUACACGUAGAGUAGCCUCACUGCAGCAUGUGGCAGUGUGCUAGCACCCAAAUGCUUCUCACAGCGGAAAACUUUAUCCUACACCUCUUGUCCUAAUGCAUAUGCAGUGCUUGUUUGUAUAAAGUUAGUGGGUGUUGCUUGGUUAGGAAGUGGCAUGACCAAGCAGCAGUUCUUCCUGAUGCUGAAGCUCCACAGACUGCUGAAAGGAAAGGCUCAACUGGAGCUGCCACCACCUGACCAAGCCUCCCCAGGCUGCGGGUUGUGACCGUUCUGUAAAUACUUCUUGGACAGCGUUCAACACGUGGUGAUAAUUUUGAACUUUACAAUAUUGUAUGGGAAUGUUUCAUGCAGGUACAGGGACCCUGUGCCCAGUUCUGCUUUUAUGUGCAGCAUUGGCAGCGUGUGCUAUGUCUUGCAAUAUAUAUUUAAUCUUAUUUAAGGUAAAUCCUGCUUUUAAUUCAGUUUCAUCUAACAAUGGAUCCAGUACUUAACUGCUGCCCUAGGAACAAUCACAGUUCCUUCUUAGUGAUGCUGAAGAAAAAAAAAAAAAAGCCCUCUUUACACUUGUAGAUGACUGUAACUCAAGAUCACAGUGGGAAAUGCUGCUAUUUGAUUGUAUUUUGUUGCUGAUGGCCCAGGCUUUACAUUGGCCAUUUGCUGUCUGUGGUAACAAAGGCAGUUUGCAAUGGGUCUGCUGUUGUACAGUUUCUAAAGGAAGAUGUCUUUUUUUCAGGUUUCUUAGCAAAAGGCAAAUUUAAGUCUGGUUACAUUAGAGAUAAUAGAAAAAAGUUUCUGUAGAGAUUAAUUAAAUGCUCAUUAGCCAUGAAGGAGCAGAUCUUUCGUAUGGGUUGUCAUAUACAUAUGAUAUCAUUGGGACUGGUGUAAGCUGGCAUGGCCAGGAGCAUGCCCCAGAGCUGUACAAGGUAACAUGCAUCCCUUGUGCUCGGACGCUUAUAUUUUGUAAGUGGUAUAACCUCUGAUUUAAAAUAAAGUUCUUUUCAAGUGCGA